CAGUUGCUAACGGGACGCGGAGAGGAGUCGUAGGGCUGGCAGGGCGCUUAGCCCUGCAGCCCGCCUCAGCUGUGACCUCCGUUACGUGUGCAAAAACGUGCUGGGCUCAGGCGGGAGCUGUGUUUCUGUGCCCGAGGGCGGGAAAACGCGGCAAGUGUAGGCGUUCCUUCAGGAGGCAAGCGCUACCUUUUCUCCCUGCCCCCUUCAGAACAAGAAGUGCUAAAGUGACUGUAGGAUAAGCCAUGUCUGUUCCAGCUGAUGAAACAGUGGGGGACCUGCCUGUGAGAGAUGUAGGUCUAACUCUAGCUGGAAUUGGAGGAUUACAAGAGUCAUCAGCUACACAGAAUGUAAAAGCUCGACAAGGUGUGUCACGAAUCAGUCGAGAGGAACUGGAAGACCGAUUUCUUCGAUUACGUGAUGAGAACAUCUUACUCAAACAGCAUGCAAAUAAGCAAGAAGAGAAAAUUAAAAGAAUGGCCACCAAGUUAAUACGGCUUGUUAAUGAUAAAAAAAGGUCUGAGCAGGUUGGUGGCGGCCCCAAGCGGCUGGGUCAGGCUGUGGAGCUGGAAGAAAUGAUUGAGCAUUUGCAAGAGAGAGUUCGUGAGCUUGAGAAACAAAACGAGAACCUCCGCAGUAAACUCAUUUCAACUAAACAGCAGCUCCAGAUUCAGGGCCAUAGGCCUUGUCUGUACAGCUAUGUUCAACCUCGUAUUAACACUGGUCUCAAAAGAGUGAGUGAGGCUGCUGGCAUGCAGGAGCACGCAAAGAAAGGAAUGAGAUUGCAGGAUUCAGAAGUGAGAUCACCUAACUUUGUGCUCCCAAUAUAUGAACAGACUAUGCUUGAGGAUCCAAAGGCUGAAAUAAGGAAUCUGGAGACUGUGAUUGAGUCCCAAAGGGAGCACAUUGAUGAGCUAGAACAUGCCAAAGAGCUACUUGUGAGUCAGCUAAAAAGGAAAGGAAAAGAAAUUGAAGAAUCCACCCUACAGCUGAAGAAGCAAGAAACAACAAGCCAAAGGUUAAACAUCCGGGACAAUGUGGAAAUGAUCAAGGUCUGUAAACAGCUGGUUGAGAAAAGCAAUGCUCUUACAGCAAUGGAAAAAAAAUUUCUCCAGCUUCAAGAGAAUCAAAAGAACUUCAAGACCAGCCAUGAUGCUCUAAUAGCAAAAGGUGAUGAAUUGAAUCUACAGCUUAGAGAGGAGCGGUUGAAGUGCCUCCAUCUUGAAAAAGAAUUGCAAUCAGUAACUAUUUCAAACCGAAGGACAGAGGAGCUACAGGAGAGAAUAAAUGAUCUAGAAAAAGAAAAUGAACUCUUGAGGGAAAACUAUGAUAAGCUGUAUAACAGGCAACUGACUUUAGGCUCUGCAUGUUUCACAGAUUUAAAAGAAAUCAGUGUCUUCAGUAUGACCCAUGAACAGCAAUGGAAGUUAAAGGAACAGCAACUGAAACUGCAAAUUGCUAAACUAGAGUCUACUAUUGAAUCUGAUUUAGCAUACAAAAAUGAAAUCCUUGACAAGAUCAAAGUAGAAAGAGACCAAAAGGAAAAGCUGAUGCAAGAGAACAAAGACCUGCAGUUAUGCUACCUGGAACAAAAGCAACAACUAGAUGAACUGAAAAAUCACAUUAAGUUUUUAACCAAGGUUCAAAGGCAGCAGGAAAAUGAGGACCUUGUGUUUUUGGAGAAAGUAGAAGAUGAUAUCCAUAAAAAUUUAGAACAGGCCAUGCGGGAACUGCAAUUAACACAUGCAGAGACGGUGCAAGAACUUGAAAAGACAAGAAAUAUGUUAAUUGUGCAGCACAAAAUUAACAAAGAUUACCAGACUGAAGUAGAAGCAGUGACACAAAAAAUGGAAAGUCUUCAGAAAGACUAUGAGUUAAAACUGGAACAGUAUGUCCAUCUUCUUGACAUUAGAGCUGCACGCAUCAGAAAACUAGAAGCCCAACUAAGAGAUAUUGCCUAUGGUACAAAGCCAUAUAAAUCCAGACCAGAAAUGUUGUCAGGUGAUCCAGUGGAUGAAUUUGAUGAAAAUUUACAUUUAGAAAGAGGAGAGAACCUUUUCGAAAUUCAUAUCGGCAAAGUGAUCUUCUCUUCUGGAUCAAUGCAGGCUUUUGGUGACCAUGAACUUGCAACUUUUUGUACUUUCGCAUUCUAUGACUUUGAACUUCAGACAACCCCAGUAGUUUAUGGACAUACCCCAUCAUAUGACUUCACUUCUCAGUAUCUUGUGCAGACUGAUGACUGCUUCUUGCACUAUAUACAGCAAAAUAGUAUCAAACUUGAGGUUCAUCGUGCAUAUGGCACAGAUUAUGAAACAGUUGCUGCAUGUGAACUGAAGUUCCAUGAAAUAUUGGAAAAGAAUGAGAAGAUCUACAGCACAGCAAAUUUAGUUGGAAUCAAAGAAAACAUUCAAAAUUAUGGUACUGUAGAGUACUGGAUCAGGUUACGAGUUCCUAUGGAUCAAGCUAUUAGACUCUACAAAGAGAGGUCAAAGGCUCUGGGGUAUAUAACAUCCAGUUCUAGGGAACAUGAACAACCACCUCAGCAGCAGAUACUCAGAACUGCCCAAGUCAGCACUUCAACAGAUGGCAAUUUAAAUGAACUCCACAUUACAAUAAAAUGUUGUAACAAUCUACAGUCCCGAAAAAAACAUCUUCAGCCAAAUCCUUAUGUUGUCUACAAGUUCUUUGAUUUUGCAGACCAUGAUACUCCCAUCAUUCCUAGCAGCAACAACCCACAAAUAGAUGACCAUAUGUGUUUCCAAGUGCCAGUGAAUGCAGAUUUAGACCGAUACCUAAAGUCAGAAUCCUUAACGUUUUAUGUAUUUGAUGAUGGUGAAACGGAAGAAUGUGCUUAUGUAGGGAAAGCCAAUGUGCCUCUUAUUUCUUUAGCACAUGACAGAUCUAUCUCAGGUACUUUUGAACUAACAGAUUCUCAAAAACAUGCUACUGGUACUAUCACAGCUGAAUUAAAAUGGAAAUAUGUGUACCUACCACCACGUGGAUCAACAGUGGCUGCAGACUUACAGAAUUAUAUUCAAAAUGAGGAAUCAAUGGCAACUAAAUUACUAGCAGAGGAAAAAACACAGCCUCCAGCCCCGUCUCCUUUUACCUCAUCAGUGACAAAACCAACACCCAAACCGAGGCAGCGUGCAGCUCAAGCAGACAAGAAAGUGUCUUUUCUGGACCUUAGUACAGUACAGAUGGAAGGCUCUGUUGUUGGAAGUAGCAUGGAACUUGCCCAGAAGAUGAAGGCUUCAAGAGCUCCAACUGUUUCAAAGCACGUGGUACAUGGGGUUAAACAAGAAAGGCUAGCAGAUGAUAAGGUGAAGGAGAUGGCUGAAGAAAUUCAACAGGAAAAAGAAGACCUCUCGCAUCUCUCAGAGGGGCAGUUGGCCGACCAAAGCUCAGUUACCUCUGGAGAUGAGACAGAAGUAACUGAAGAAUUGGAACCAGAAGAUCAAGAUGAUAGACAAGAAGAGGAUGCCAUUGAAUCAAUAAUAACUGACAGCGAUGACUGUAUUGUUUCAAGUCCAGUAUCCAAGAAUAUUAAACAGGCAACUGAAAAAAUCCGGAUUGAAAUUAUAUCACUCGGUCUUACUGAGUCACAAAUUACAUCAGAUGAAACAAUACAGCAGCUGUUUGUAGAAUGCAGAUUAUACAAUUUCCUUGCAGAAGAGACCCCACUGUCACUUCCAAAACCAACAAGUGGUCAGAGAAUUCACUAUAACUAUAGCAGUGUGAUAUAUGUGGAUAAGGCAAAUAAUCAUGUAAGAAGAGAGUAUCUCAAGUCCAUGCUUCUAAAGCCAGAUCUACAUACUGACAGCCUACGAUUUACAGUGGUCAGUGAUCCCCCAGAAGAUGAACAGGAUCUUGAAUGUGAAGAUAUCGGUUUCGCUUAUGUCAGCUUGAGAGAGAUAUUUCAGAAGCAGAGAGAUAUCAUUGAGCAAGAUAUUGAUGUUUUUGAUUCACAAGAUGAUAGUGCAGUAAUUGGAAAGCUCAAAGUAACAGUGGAAGCCCUCCACGCACUGCGUUCAGUCUAUGAGGAAUGCAAAGAUGACUAGGAGGCAUGAAAGGGAAGUUUGCCUACAGAAGUUCCUUCUCCCAGUGUAAAUACAUGCUUGAUAGUGCUUCAAAGAUGAGAUCUUUGUAAUUCUUAUCACAUAUUUAAUGUAUAAUUUAUACGAAAAGGAUGCUUGAUUUGUAGUUGUAAAGUUUUGUAUACUUUUCAGUCUGUUUGUUUUUAUAUUUCCCCCCUAAGGCUAAGAAUCUCUCCACAAUGGACAACGUCUUGUAAAUAAUUAAUACCUACAUGAUUGAAUGAUGUGCUUUAUUUGCAUUUUCAAGAUUUUUUCGUACAUAAAACAGUAAUAAAAAUGCAAGUCAAAUUUUUAAUUUUUAAUAAAAAAAACAUAAGCCUUAGAAAACUGAUUAAAAAUACUUUUAUGUUAUCCCUAAUCACCCCACUAAAUGGAAUGCCUGUGAUUAGCCUCAUUAAGAAUUUUAUACUGUGAAGAUUUUAUUAAAAGCAAUAUAUGAAAAUUA